UGUCUGCCGCACACCGCUGCUGCCAUUGGUCAGACGGCCGCUGACAAAAAGUGGGACGUUCCCGGAAAAAUCGCUAACCGGAAGGGAAGGCCAGAGCCCAAGAAGAAGAAGAAGCCAACCGCCGCCGAUGAGCCCAGCGACAGAAGAAAAAGUACUCUCCCACUGGUGAGGUCUCCUCUUCCUCUGGCUCAUCUACCCGCCUGAACUGAACAUACCCCUGUGUAGCUCAGCCUCACCCAGCCCUCGCCAGCCCCUGCACCAAACCUAAGCCUAAAUUCAACCACACUUCCUCCCUCUUCACCCGGCUUGCUCCCAGUCUCCAACACUGCACCAUGGCAGGGCGAGGCGGACCAGCACGGACCAACGGCACAGCAGCGAGCAACAAGAUCUGCCAGUUCAAGCUGGUGCUGUUGGGGGAAUCGGCGGUGGGGAAGUCCAGCUUGGUGCUGCGCUUUGUCAAAGGCCAGUUCCACGAGUACCAGGAGAGCACCAUCGGAGCUGCCUUCCUCACACAGACAGUAUGUUUGGAUGAUACAACAGUCAAGUUUGAGAUCUGGGACACUGCAGGACAGGAACGGUAUCACAGCUUAGCACCCAUGUACUACAGGGGAGCCCAGGCUGCCAUCGUGGUCUACGACAUCACCAACACAGAUACAUUCACACGUGCCAAGAACUGGGUAAAGGAGCUGCAGCGACAGGCCAGUCCCAAUAUUGUUAUUGCACUGGCAGGAAACAAAGCGGAUCUGGCCAACAAGAGAGCUGUAGAUUUCCAGGAAGCACAAGCAUAUGCAGAUGACAACAGUUUGCUGUUCAUGGAGACUUCAGCCAAGACGGCUAUGAAUGUCAAUGAGAUUUUUAUGGCUAUAGCCAAGAAGCUUCCCAAGAAUGAGCCUCAGGGUGGAGCAGGCGCUGGUGGACGGGCCAGAGGUGGAGUGGACCUGCAGGAAGCUGCACCACAGGGCAGAAGUGGCCAGUGCUGUGGGGGCGGGAACUAACUAACACAACAACAAGUCAGCUGACCCAACCAAUCUACAGCUUCGAUCAACCAGACCAGAUAUUAGCCAGCUGUUAAACAACGUCCCAUCGGUCAAACCAAACCACGGUCGGACCAACUACCCUCUGAGCAACACAGCACCAAUAAACUGUUUGGCCAGUAAACUGCCAGACCCGGUUCCAACUGACGAACCAACCAACAGACCAAGAAAUCAACCCACAGGCUUAUUUACAGAAUCAUGUUUUAACCCAAGGACUUGCCAAUCCAUGACCUCUCUAUUGAUGAUGGACACUUGACGUCACCUUAGGGGAAAAAAAAAAAACGCAUCCCAUUCAUGGAAGAAAGAGAAGAGGCAAAAAAAGAUCAGUCAUUAUCAGUGGCACUUAGUAGGCCCAUCCUGCUCACCUUUGUUUCUGUAUUUGUGUAUAGGGAAAAAAAUAAUGCAACAAGAAGGAAUAGAAACAGGCUCAUUGGCCCUGUCCUUUCUCUUCUACCCCCUGCUUUGCUACGCACCGUAAAUUUCUAAAGUAUUUCCAUCAUGGUCGUACGGCAAUGUUAAAACUUUCCAGUCCAGGUGCAUGCAGCAGUCCUUCACUUUUCUGUCUUGUUCCCGGUCCGCUUCCUGGAAAAGAUGAUGAGAGAAGGUUCGUAACAGGAGGACGGGAAUGGACAGAUUUCCUUCUUGAUAGAGCUGUGUAGAUGAAUUAUUACAUUGUUAUUGUUAUCACUAUUAUUAUUACUUCAACUUCUUUUGACACAGGCUGUUCAGUUUGAUUUUAAAGCCUAGACUUUAAGGUUUUACAAUCAUCCAUCUAUGUUAUCAAACCAUAUACAGUAAGUAGUACUUUAACAUUGUCACCCAUGAGUAAUUUUAGCAUUAAUGUAAUGGUUUUGAAUCAUCAGUGUACAAUUACAAAUACAUAAAGCAAGAUUUGUUUUCUUGACCAAAAUCACAACUGUGUAUUGACAACAUUGCUGUAUUUGUAUCAGACUUUUCAAGUUUAUAAUCAAUCAAUCAGUAGUUAUUGUCAAAACAAUAUCUUCCCAACCUCUACAUGUUUUCGUUAACCUUAAUUAUUUUGUGAUGGAUUUCUUUCUUUUUUUUUUCCUCUUCUUUUUUUUUAUGUCUUAAUUUUUUUCUGAAGAUCUAUGGUAUUAAAUGCACUGGUUCUGUCUCAUCACCUUUGUGAAUUGAGAUGUUAUCAUCA